GCGGCCCGGCCGCCUGCCCAGCUCAGCCGCCGCGGUUGCCGUUGUGGCUGUCGCCGCCCGCUCCGCCCGACUGGUAUCGCUUGGGCCGCGGGCCGGCCCCCUGCUCGUAAGGGGCGGCAGGCCCUGCCUGGCGGUGGGCAGCAGCCCAGGAAGCGGGGGGAUAAGCGGGAGCCGUGGCACAGCAAGGUGUUACUAGAACCCCGCUCCCCUCCCGGGGUAGGAGGCGCCCCGGGCUCUAUUUAUGUCCCUGGCCGCGGCUGCACGUUGGAGGUGACCCAGCAAGAGGCCAGGCGGAGUAGGCCAGGCGCCGCGUAGGCUCAGGCAUCUGCUGAGGAAACUAUAACACCGUGAUACACAGGAGUUACGAGUUGAAUUGAAUUUUCUGGAAUGAAGUAGAUAAGCACCACAGAAAGGUCUAAUUAUUUUUAAGUAAUGACAGUUCAUUUCUCCUUAGACACAUAUUUGUUAUUUUUGAUUAACCCAAAAAGUCUUUGGUGGAAGCAAAGAAACAAAUACCUGCAUUUGUGUAGACCCAAAGUCUGCUGGAGGAUAAACCAUGCUGGUCACCUGAGAGUUUUUCAUACAAGCGAGCCUCGGUGUAAAUGGGUCAGAAGCAGAACAUUUUGGUACAACAAAUAUAUUUACACCUAUGACUUUUUAUACUACAGAGUUUCUAAACUUUUAACUUCUUCUUCCAAAGGACUUACAAAAGUGAGCAGUCGCAUGUCACGAAUUAGGAAUACUAUAGAAUCUGUUUCAAAGGCAGUAUCUGGCACUCACAGUGAACUGGUUUCACGGAUAGCUCGAUUAAAGUCACACUCUGGUACUCUUGAAAAAGCAAAUAAAAGUAAUGGAGUUGCAAAUAACAGUGCAAAUCUAGAAAAGGAUGAACAAGUUACAGAUGCUAGAUCUCAGAAGGAUUGCAACAGAGGCCCAAUUGCAAACGAAUCUGCUUGUGCAAAUGAAAACUCAGAGUCUGUGUUGCUGAGUUCAAGUGGCACUCAUCAAGACAUUCCAGAAGAUUCAGCAUCUACUAAGCCCCACCUUUUCCAUGCAAGCCGCUUUUCUACAAAUUUUGGAGAGACUUACAACUUUGUAGCUGAUCAUAUAAACUGGUACUUUAAUAAUAAUUUUCAUAUGGAUAAGGGGAAAAAAAGGAAUGCUUUAUUACAGGACUCUAAAAGUGAAGAGAGGAAUAAGCUUGAUUCAUCAGAAAGUACUGUAAUGAGUGAAGAAAAGACAGUGGAUUCAGCUGCUACAUUAGCUCCUGAAGCAGAGACUUUGAGUGCUGAGAAGUCAAAUACUGUACUUCCAGUUCCCACUAAGAAAAGUAUUGCGAACUUCCUUUCCUAUCCCAGUAACAGUGUACAAGCCUUUGUAGACAGUUACAUUGGUGGCUUGGUUCCCAAGUUAAGGUCUGAUACAAAAGUUGUUUCACAAGAAAAGAGUAAACAGCUGGAACAAGAAGUAUCUGAAAAAGAUGAGGAAGAUAAAGCAAAAGAGGCUAAAACUGCAGAAGAGAGGGAAAAGCAUAUCUCUCUUCAGAGAGAAAAGAUUAUUGCAAGAGUGAGUAUCGAUAAUAGGACUCGAGCUUUAGUUCAAGCCCUACGAAGAUCCUCCAAUCGAAGAGUCUGUAUCAACAGGGUUGAAGAACUGACCUAUCAUCUUCUAGAAUUUCCUGAGAGCAGAGGAGUUGCAAUUAAGGAAAAAUUAAUCCCAUGCCUACUGCGACUUCGACAGUCAAAUGACGAAAGUCUUCAGGCUGCUGUUAGAGAGACUUUAGCUAUAAUUGGAUAUACAGACCCUGUGAAGGGCUGGGGAAUAAGAGUCCUCACUAUUGAUGGAGGAGGAACAAGGGGCUUAGUUGCACUUCAGACCCUACGUAAACUGGAAGAACUAACUGGGAAGCCGGUUCAUCAACUUUUUGACUACAUUUGUGGUGUAAGCACAGGAGCUAUAUUAGCUUUUAUGUUGGGGUUGUUCCAUAUCUCUCUGGAUGACUGCGAGGAGCUGUAUCGCAAGUUGGGAUCAGAUGUUUUUAAGCAGAAUGUCAUUGUUGGAACAGUCAAAAUGGGUUGGAGCCAUGCUUUUUAUGACAGUGAUAUAUGGGAAAAAAUACUCAAAGAAAAAAUGGGCUCAAAUCUUAUGAUUGAGACUGCAAGGAAUUCCAAAUGUCCAAAAGUAGCUGCAGUAAGCACCAUAGUAAACAGAGGAACACCACUGAAGGCAUUUGUUUUCAGAAACUACAACCACCUUCCUAGUGUUAAGUCUCAUUAUAUUGGAGGCUGUCAGUAUAAGCUGUGGCAGGCCAUUAGAGCAUCAUCUGCUGCACCAGGCUACUUUCAGGAAUAUGUUUUGGGCAAUGAUCUUCAUCAGGAUGGAGGUCUCCUUCUGAAUAAUCCUUCUGCACUGGCAGUUCAUGAGUGCAAGUGUCUUUGGCCAAAUGUCCCAUUGCAGUGUCUUGUGUCCCUGGGCACUGGGAGAUACGAGAGCGAGGGAAAGACCAAUGUCACAUACACCAGUUUGAAAGCCAAGCUCACUAAUGUUAUCAACAGUGCAACUGAUACAGAAGAAGUUCACACCAUGCUGGAUGCUCUGUUACCUCCAGAUACUUACUUCAGAUUUAACCCUCUUAUGAAUGAAGAAAUUGCUCUGGAUGAGAGUCGCAAGGAGAAACUCAAUCAGCUGCAGACAGAUGGAAUUCGUUAUUUAGAACGAAAUGAAGAAAAACUGAGGAAAGCUGCAAAAACAUUAACACAACAAAAAACAGCUGUGCAGAGGCUUCAUGACUGGUUAAGAUUAAAGGCUGACAUGUAUGAGGGCCUUCCGUUUCUUUCUAAAUUGUGAAUCUGUAAUGCAUGAAAGAUCAUCAAUGUAAAUUUUGUUCCAGGAAGUCCAUUCAGUGCUGUAAAGGGAGAAUGUUUACUGGGGGUAAGUAGCAGCUCUGGAAACCUAUCUGAAUUCUGGAGAAAGCAAUUCAGAGUGGCUGUCUUGUGCACACUUACUUGAUACAAAAGUUUAUGGUGUUAAUUUUUUGACCCUUGUGAAUCUUGCUGUUGCUCUGCUUCAGUUUCUCAAAGUUGGUAAAACUGAAAAUUAUGAAAAAACUGUGCUACACAUUUUUGGAUGUAUGUACCAGAAUUAUGGUGGCAGUAAAACUAUCAACUACCAGGCUUACUAAAAAUUAACGAAAAAUAAAGUCCUCAUUCCCUUUAGUGUUGGCAAUAUACUUGUUAGGCUCUAAUGCAGCCAGUGAAAUUAACAGAAAUGUAACAUUCUUACAAAAACUUUGCCUGUGUUAAUUGCACUUUUACAUUUGGCAGGUAACAUUUAAAUUCUUUUUUAUUUUCAGUGGGUUUUGUACAUAGCAGUAUUGAGAUGUUUGAAUGACUAUAAAUGGUGUAUUAAAUUAUCAAAAUUAACUGGUAUUUCUAGGACUUGCUGCUUGUUCUUUCAUUAUGUGGUUCAUUCAUUAUGUGAAUCCCAAGCCCCGAAACCUCACUUGAGCAGCUAUUCCUGUUGCAGGAUAAAGGAAAUAAAAUGUUGAAAUUGUUUAUCAGUGAAAAGCUUGCUACAGAAUCUUCAGAUUUGGAUGCCAAAAUUCAGAUGUCUAGUCAAGAAGAAAGUUAGCAGUUGAUUUAUAAAAUAAUAAAUCAUGCUUUUUGUC